CGUCGGUUCCACUGCAACCCACCCAAAACGGGAAGGGGGCAGGGGGGGCCCUGCCCAAUGAUCCGUUUCGUAUCUCAGACCAACAAUCACUACUAACACCGCCCAAGGAGGUGGUCAUCACCAAGUGUUAUAGCCGUCUUGGCCAUCGUCCACUCGCAAGGUUGACCAACGACGAACUCUCCCGAUGAGAUGGAGCACUACAUUAUUAUUCUUUUGAUUCUGGUCUUUUGGGCGUUUCGCUGGGCCUUGCAGCUCACGAAAACCCGCGACUUUGAGCUCGUAAAGCCGGGGAGGCGUAGCGUUAACCCUGUCUCCGAUGCUGUCAAACGGGGAUAUCGGCAAAUUUCCACCGUAACCGGAAAGCCCUUUUUCGUUCGGUACUGGCAGAGAGACUAUCUUAUUCUUCCGAUCAAGUACCUUCACGAUGUACGACACGCCGCCAGGGACCACCUUGAGUUCGUCGAUAGCAUAGCUGAUAUCCUGUUCCUAUACAAUUGGGUCGGGGACCUAUUUGAGUCCAGCCGCAUGGUGUUUGCUGUGAUCAAAGGGGUGAACCCACAAUUGCCUCGACUUUCGGACGCCAUGUUCGAGGAGUCAUCGCGUGCCUUUGAUAUGGAGAUAGGACUCCUAAAGGAUGGCGAAUCCAAGCGUCUUCCUGCAUUGGAUUUCCUGACUGCCAUAAGUAUGAGGACUAUGGCCCGCAUCAUUGCUGGCAGAGAGCUAGCGCGGGAUGAGGUAUUUCUCAAAGCCACCACAAACUAUCUCAACGGCAACUUCAUCACGGGAUUCAUCAUGUUGAAUUUGCCGAUCGAGGGCUCUCUCCGAGAUUGGGUUACCUGGCCAUUGUACAAGUACCACCAGCAUUUCAGGCAACAGCGUGUGAUCAAUAUGAUCAAGCCGUUCGUCGCCAAGCGAAUGGAGGAUCAUCGACUCGGCAUCCGCGGGAAAGGAGAAUUUGACACUAUAGAUGCGACCCUGGAUCUCCUACACGAGUUUCCGUUUGAUCCCAAUGCUCAGAACUCGCCAGUCCACACCUUGGCACACGAGACGCUGCAGCUCGUGUGGGCCGGAGGACAGUCGCCCGCCAUAAGCGCUGGGUCUAUAGUGUUCAAAUUGCUCGAAGAACCAUCCUACGUCGAACCGCUGCGCGAGGAAGCCCAGGCGGCCGUCGAAAAACAUGGUUGGACUAACGCGAUUUUCAACGAGCUGCCAAAAUUGGACAGUUUCAUUCGCGAGACACAUCGUCUGCAUCCCGUCUUCUCUUUGAAUGCUACCAGAGUAGUCAAGGGCAAGCCAUUUACCUUUUCAGAUGGGCUCACGGUCCCAGUGGGUACUCGCAUCGCCUUUCCUGCUGAGGCAUGCCAACGAGAUCCUGAAGUGAUUGCGGACCCGGAGACGUUCGACGGCUUUCGAUUCGUGAAAUUGGCGGCUGCUAACACGAAGCAAGAAGACGGGGUGAACCGUUGGGCAGCCUCACACGCGAGCUACAGCAAUCUUACAUUUGGUUACGGCAACCAUGCAUGUCCCGGACGCUUUAUCGCAGUGCGGUUGCUCAAAAUUCUAGUAGCCCGGUUGUUGCUUGACUAUGAUGUCUCCUGGGACCACAAUGGCGGAGAGCCGCCAAGGAUGGUGCUGGAGGGCAUGUCUUUUCCUAACGUGACGGAGAAGGUCACUCUACGAAAGAGGAUGAUUUCAUGAGCGGAAGCUUGAGGCUAUAUAGCAUGUUUGCUCUCUGUAGAAUAGGCGAGCAUACAAUACUGAAUAAACUACAAUACCGAUGA